AUGCUCUCACGUGUUGCUGCUGUGAAGGCACCCCGCACACACAACCGUCGCCGCGUGAUCGGAUCCGGCGGAAGGAGGAGGAAAGGAAGAGAGAGUGAGCCGCCGAGGCCCAACAUGCCACGGCAUGUGUUUAAUUCCGCGGCGCUGCUUCUCCUCUUCGUUAUGAUGAUUUGCUGCGGCAGUGGGGCCGCGACCGCUGAUGAGAAAAAGUCGACUGUUCCAACGUUUGAAUGGAAGAAAAUCAAUUGUGACGUUUCUGUAACUGUGGAUUCGUUGGGCGCUCCUGGCCUUCUAAAAGUGAAUGGUGACGUAUUUGCCGUUGCCGAAGCUCAUUGCAAGAAAGGUGAUGAAAACACCUUUACUGGCAUUGCAUCCCAACUUCUCACGAAAAAAA